GUCUUCAGUGCCUGGCCAAAGCGAGAGAGCGCAGAGCAUGGGCUGGCGAGGCGAUCGCCGUUGAUAUGUAUGAAAGAGUGCUGCUGUGUCCAUGGAGACCGAAGGCUACAGCGACCUCCUGGAGACCAGCGACGGGCAGGGGGCCGGCCUCCUGGAGGGAGGGGGUGUGGGUGGGUUGGAACCCGAAUGGAGUGCACCGUAUCCCCUGGGUUUCCAGGUGUCGCUGACCACUGUGCUCAUGCUGGAGCUGGUGCUGGGCUUCAGCAGCAACCUCACCGUGUUGGUCCUCUACUGCGCUCAGUCCAACCUGGUCGACUCGGUCAGCAACCUGGUCACGGUCAACCUGCACGUGCUGGAUAUUCUGGUGUGUGUGCUGUGUCUGCCGCUGACCGUGGCCAUUAUCCUACUGCCUAGUGAGGGAGGUGGGGAGGGUCUAGCCACGCUGUGCUGCUUCCAUGAGGCCUGUGUGACCUUCACCAGUGUAGCCACAGCCGUCAACGUGUUGGUCAUCAGCCUGGACCGCUACGACAUCUCGGUGCGGCCUGCCACCCGCCUGCUUACGCCGCGACGUGCUGCGCUGCUGCUGGCGGCUGUGUGGGCGCUGUCGCUCGCCGUCUUUUUCCUGCCCUUCCUGGAAGGAGACUUCUUUUCCUCAGGGGUGGAGGAGGAGGGAGGGAACGAGGGAGGAGAGACCACAGAGGGGGACAGCACUACGUCGACGGGUCUGCCCACCAGACUGGUCCCCACGCUUCUUUCCUCCCCCUCCCCCUCUUUGUCCUCCAUCCUCUCGUCCUCCUCCUUCAAGUCGUCAGGCCACCUGCCUCUGGAGUGGCAGAACCGGACUCUGCUGUGCGCGGGCGGGCAGGGCUACCACACGGGCAUGGCCAUGUACUACCACCUGCUGCUCCAGGUGCCCUGCUUCUUCAUAGCAGUGGCCGUCAUGUUGUUUACCUACUCCCGCAUCCUGCAGGCCCUCAACAUCCGCAUCGGCACCCACAUGAUGCGUGGCGGGGUGGCCGGACGCUCCAAAGACUCAGGCUGCAGGGUGAGGCGGCGACGACGGAAGAGGAAGGACCUGAGUCUAGGAACCACCGCCGCAGAGACGGCCUCCUCCAGCCAAACUCAGCACCUCACCCACGCACCCCUCAUCCCCACACCCGCCUCACCCCCGCCCCUGUCCAUCAUCACCCAGGUCACUUCUGACAGCGGGGCUACAGGUAUCACCACCGCUGCCACCACCCCUGUGGCUACCACCCCCGCCACCCCUGCCCCACAGACCCCAAACCAAGACCCAACCGUGGUCCCUCAGACCCAGACCACUUCCCCACCCCAGGCCCAGGCCCAGCCCCAGCCACCGGCCUCCUUGGGUGUUCAAGCAUCAGUGUCAGCCAUUAUCGCCCUGAGGCGGGCGGUGAGGCGCCACCGGGACCGGCGGGAGCGCCAACGGCGGGUGUUCAAGAUGUCCCUCAUCAUCAUCUCCUCCUUCCUGGGCUGCUGGGCUCCCCUGUCGGCCGUCAACGUGCUGAUCCUGGCUCUGGGCCCCAGCGAUGGCCUGGUCCGCGUACGCCUCUGCUUUCUGGCCAUGGCCUACGGCACCACCAUCUUCCAUCCCCUACUUUACGCUUUCACCAGGCAGAAGCUGCGCCGUGCGCUGAAGACCCGGGUCAAGAAGAGGGUGGUGUCUCUGCUGCAGGUGGACCCAGCGCCAAGCGGGGGGACUGUCAUCCACAACUCCUGGGUGGAGGGGGGAGGACAGAGGAAGGCACGCAAGCCGCGGGUGGAGCCCAGCGAUGCCACAGACCGAUGCCUCACGGAGGCAGUGAGGGAGUGAGGCUAUUUGUGUUUGUUUGUGUGUGUGUGUGUGUGUGUGUGUGUGUGGGUUGAGUGUUAAU